AUGGCUGACGACGCGGAUGGAUCAAGCCACGUGUCGGAGCCUUUAGACCUCGUGCGUCUGCUCCUCAACGAAGUUGUGUUUGUCAAGCUACGAGGCGACAGGGAGCUCAAGGGCAAGCUGCAUGCCUACGAUAGCCACUGUAACCUAGUGCUGGGUGAGGUAGAAGAGACCAUAUACGGUGUCGAGGAGGACGACGAGGAAGAGGCCAAGAGCGUCAGCCGCAAGUCAGAGAUGCUUUUCGUGCGAGGUGACAGCGUUGUCUUGAUUUCCCCUCAGGUUCCCUUUUGA